UUUGAGAGGAAACUAGACAUCUACACCUCCUCAUGGCUCUGUUUUCAGGCUUUAAAAAAAUCUAGCCGGUGAAGGUAGACUUUGACCGAUCACAGGUCAUUUCAGAGAGAGAGCGUUCCUGUUGGCUUUGCUCCGGUCAGGUGACCAGUACUUCACAAUGGCUGCCGUGUCACAAACCUUCUCUUUUAACAGCUAAACAGUACGCUAAAAGAGGAUUCUGAAAACAUUUGAGUGUACCUUUAGGUGGCGCUCUUUUCAUAAACAGCAGCUCCUCCAUCCUUCCCAUGAUGCCUCCUCCUCCUCCUCCAUCAUGGCUGCACCCUGCCCGGCUUCAUCUCCACCGCAUCACUGGGCGGUGACCGCGGAGAGGUCGGACUCGGACUGCCAGUCGUUGGGCACUUCCGCCGGGCUCCGGUUUCCUUCGACUCGGCAUUUAAAUUGAGCUGCAGGGACAUCAGCUGCUGCUACAUUCAGCACCGUGCUGUGACAGUAAAAUAACCCCUCUAGCAUUAGCAAGAAACAGGUUACUCUUUUAUUUUUGGAGAGACAUAGCUGCUGGUCCUGAGGAGGUCUGAGUGUCUUCGUGGUGCAGGAGAAGAGGAGCGGUGGUUGCGCUCUGACAGCUGCAGCUCGGUGCAUCAUUUCUGGGAUUCCUCUGCUCUGCUAGCUGUCGGACUACAUUGAAUAGCGGUAACGUGAUGUUGUGCAUGAGCGGAAUGAUUUAGGCUUUUGCUUUUCUGGGCAGUUUUUUUUUUUUUUUUUUUUUUAGUGAAAUAGAUUGGUAAACAAAAACAAACUCAUUGAAUGCAGUGUUGUUGUUUUUUUGGCCCAGGAGGACAAGUAGUGGCCUGGACUUGGGAGGACUGAUGGACUCGAUGAUGAUGAUGAUGAGAGUGCAUUUGAAGAAGGGUCAGGUUUAAAUUCUGAUUAAAAAAAAUACAUCAAUUUGGAUGUUUUUUUUUAGAUAGAAGAUAUAAUCAAAAUAGCCUUCAACUGGGGCUGAAUAUAACAUCAGACCAAGCCUUAAUGUUAUCAAUAACAACAACAGUCAACACCCAUUCUAGUGAAGACUUUAACUGUCAUACAUAUAUAUAUAUAUUUUUGUUUUUUCUUGAGACUGGUGUAAUACGAUAUCUUAGAGUUUAAUUUUUACAAAACAGACUUUUUAAAUAGAUUUUUUUUUUUUUUUUUUUUUAGAAAACAACAUAUGUCACUAAGUUAUUUCUUUGUAUAAUUACAUUAAAUCUUAGCUUCAUCUUCUUAUUUUAUCUUAUGUGAGGAAAUCCCUGAUCCCUCAAGGGCAUAACAGAUUUGUAGACCUUUCAGAUCAAUAACCUGUCAGUCAAUAAGCCUAUAGGAGGCUUUUACAAUAAAGCAACCAGCAACCAUGUUCAGCUGGCUGGGAACCGACGACAGGAGGAAGAAGGAUCCAGAAGUCUUUCAGACCGUCAGCGACGGACUGAAGAAGCUCUACAAAACCAAACUGCUGCCGCUGGAGGAGGGCUACAAGUUCCACGAGUUCCACUCUCCGGCUCUGGAGGAUGCAGACUUUGACAACAAGCCCAUGGUCUUACUGGUGGGACAGUACUCCACCGGCAAGACCAGCUUCAUACGCUACCUGUUGGAGCAGGAUUUCCCCGGCAUGCGGAUCGGCCCCGAACCCACCACGGAUUCCUUCAUCGCGGUGAUGCACGGCGACAUGGAGGGAGUCAUCCCCGGCAACGCUUUGGUGGUUGACCCCAAGAAGCCCUUCAGAAAGCUGAACGCCUUUGGCAAUGCAUUCCUCAACAGGUUUGUGUGUGCCCAGCUGCCUAACCCAGUGCUGGAAAGCAUCAGUGUGAUUGACACACCAGGGAUUCUGUCAGGAGAGAAACAGAGAAUCAGUCGAGGCUAUGACUUUGCGGCUGUCUUGGAGUGGUUUGCAGAGCGAGUGGACAGGAUCAUUUUACUGUUUGACGCCCACAAACUGGACAUCUCUGAUGAGUUCUCAGAGGUGAUAAAAGCCCUGAAGAACCAUGAAGACAAGAUCAGGGUUGUGCUGAACAAGGCCGACCAGAUAGAGACCCAGCAGCUGAUGAGAGUGUACGGUGCCCUGAUGUGGUCACUGGGGAAAAUAGUCAACACCCCUGAGGUGAUCCGUGUCUACAUCGGGUCAUUUUGGUCCCAUCCUCUGUUGAUUCCAGACAACAGGAAGCUGUUCGAAGCGGAGGAGCAGGACUUAUUCAAGGACAUCCAGUCUUUACCGAGAAACGCAGCGCUUAGAAAACUCAACGAUCUGAUCAAAAGGGCAAGACUAGCCAAGGUCCACGCCUACAUCAUCAGCGCACUGAAGAAAGAUAUGCCCGCUGUGUUCGGGAAGGAGAACAAGAAGAAAGAACUGAUCGGCAGUCUGGCAGAUAUUUACAAACGCAUAGAACGAGAGCAUCAGAUAUCACCUGGAGAUUUCCCUAAUCUGAAGAAGAUGCAGGACCUACUCCAAGGUCAGGAUCUCAACAAAUUCCAGCCUCUGAAACCCAAACUCCUGGAAGCAGUGGAUGACAUGCUGGCCCACGACAUCGCUGGCUUAAUGGUUCUGGUCCGCCAAGAAGAAUCCCAGCGUCCCAACCCAGUCGUGAAGGGCGGCGCGUUCGACGGCACUAUGGACGGCCCGUUUGGCCACGGGUACGGCGAAGGAGCAGGCGAAGGCAUCGACGAAGCAGAGUGGGUCGUCGCUCGAGACAAACCUGCUUACGAUGAGAUUUUCUACACAUUGUCCCCCGUCAACGGGAAGGUGACGGGAGCCAACGCCAAGAGGGAGAUGGUGAAGUCAAAACUGCCCAAUACGGUGCUGGGAAAAAUCUGGAAGCUGGCAGACAUCGAUAAGGACGGGAUGCUUGAUGAUGAGGAGUUUGCGUUGGCCAAUCACCUGAUAAAAGUGAAACUGGAGGGACAUGAACUGCCAUCGGAUCUGCCCGCUCACCUGGUGCCUCCUUCCAAGAGGAAAAUACCUGAGUAAAUGUAAGAUUACAUCACCCACUACCCCCAAAACCUGUAAGUAGACCCACCCAGAGAAAAGUAUCCCAGUUAAAAUAGGAAUAUUCCUGUAGCAUUAUAGUAAAAAAAACUACAAAUGAAAAAUAUCUAAACAAAAUUAGACCCCAUUUCCAACUCCAAAUGCUCUGUAGCCGUCAUCCCCACAUCUGCAGUCUUUCCUUAGCUUCAAGAGGCAAAUAUUUAAACAAAAUAUUCAGACACAUUCAAAUAAAAAUGAAGAAUGAUAAUGAAUGCUAAUCGACUGUUAGCAUGUGGAUUCAAAUGCUUCAUUUCUGCAGUGCUGAAAUGGCUUUUACCAAGGUAGGAAAACUGGAUCUUUAUUAGGGUAAAGCCCAGUGUCCUCUCUUGUAUUUAAGGGUGAGACAUUGGGAGCUGUUAGACAGGUGUUAGAGAUGUUAGGACAGCUGAUAUGGUAAUUAGUAAAGAAAAGCAAAUUAAAAGUCUAAAACAAGAAACACUGGAAUACAGACAAAUGGAUGAAAAACUAAACUACUGGAAGAAAAUGGGAGAGGUGCGACAAUGUGAAGACAAAAAGAAAGAUGUUGUUGGAAGGAUCAUUCUGGGAGAAGGAAGAUUGGGAUAUAAAAAAUGCUAAAUAUUAUUGUAUCAUUAUCCGUAAUCAAUUCAGUAAACUCAUGUUUUGAUUGCAAUAUUCCACACUACCGCCAAAAAAAAAACAUUUCACACUUCUUAUAUCUCGACGUCCUGCGUUAUUUUGGGCACGGCUGAGUAUUCUGGCUUUUGUUUCACGGUGACAUAUUAAACAGCUACAAGGAUUUCCUGGCAAGUCGCUUGAGAAUACACACAAACAGAUGUGUAAAAGCACACAGAGAAUAUUAACACAAUUCUGGUUAUAUGGUGUGUAACCAGAGGAGUGUAUCACUUCCAAAAACUAAAAUGGCCUACAUCAACUUUUUUUAACAUGAUAUGCAGAUGUUAUUUGUGUAAAUGACAUCGCCUAUCAUUUACUGUAGCGCCUGGAUUGAUCUACUGCAAUGAAGGAGGAAGAUGUUUCUCUAAUGGGAAACAAGCGUUGGAGAAAUUAGGAAAUGGUUUGUCUCUUUUAUGAUUUAUACAUAGAUCUAAGUAUCAUUAACAUGUUUGGAAAUACUGUGACUAUAAUAUGGACCUACGUAAUGGGUGUUGUUUCGAGUGUGCGGACAUUCUCAGUAUAAAUGUAUUGUAAGAACUUUGAAUGUUGAAUGUGCAGACGUUCACUGUUCUGUGUGGGCACAUCCUGACUAUUGUAUGUAUGCAUACGACCACAGUGUUAUUAUUUGUAACGUAUUAAGUCUUAAGCAUCUCGCGGGGCUACUGAGUCGGGAGUAUUCCGGCGGGUUGUUAAUUGAAAAAUGGAUGAAUCAGUUAUUAAUGUGAAAGUGAUCUAACCUAACCUGGCUGUCCAGAGAGUGAACGCACCGCUGUUGCUUCUUUUGUGAUGAUAACAAAACACUAAUAGACACGUUUCUUUCCAAAUGUUUUUGAAUGAAAAUUUGGCUUUCAUGUGUUUAAAUUGCAUACAUGUAAUAAGUGUAAUCAGAUUUACUGUAGCGAAAUGCCAGUAUGUAUGUAUAUAUACACACUUCACCUUAGGACCAUGUUUGUGGUUUUGAUCACAAGAUAACACACAUAACUAACUAAAAAUCUGGGUUCCCAUAUGUUAACAAAUGUUCACUAUGUGUUUUAUGAGUGAGACCAUAUUCACCCAGUUUGAGCUACAGAAUUAACUGAAAUAUUUCCAGUUUAUGGCCCCUUCGUGCCCCUCCCUCCCUCUCUCCCUCCCUCCCUCUCUCCCUCCCUUCCCGUGCAUCUCUGUGCUGUUACUGUGAAUCUGCUGUACAUAAUAAGACUGUUUGCAUUCCAUGAACACAGAUUGGGAAAUCAUCCGCAUCAUCUCGGGUGCUUUAUGCAUCGCUUGCUCAUAUUUCACAGACGAGCCAGAUCAGAUCAACAGAGUAAAUAUAUGAAAGAAAGGAUGCUUGUUGAAUGUGGAUUCUCUGCAAAAACAAAGUCCUUGAAAAUCACAAGUUGUUUUCGUACCCUGACGGAUUGCAACAUGAUGUCCUGUUGUGCUGGUAAAUACACGAAGUGGAAACACUGGCGUUAUGGUUUUUCUUUCUUUCUUUUUUCUGUUUUGUUUUUUAGAUGUUAUGGAUUGCUAAAUCUGUACUUUCACUGCUUUUCUGUCGACAUAAACAACAGUCCAAAAGUGUAAUAAAAAUUCAUUUACUCAA